AUGUUCUAAACAACUAGCAGUAUAAAUUCUUAACAAUCUCCUAAUAGAUUUAAGUUCAAGUCUAAAGUCAGGUAUUUAGUUGAUAUGAGUUUAGUUUUUUUAAUGACAAUAUGAUGCCAGCUACGACAACUAAGAUUACAAUGUAAUACAAAGAGUAAUUGAGAAAUAUGUUAUCAACAUUAUAAGACAAAGCAUCAUUUGCUAAUUUAAGUGAAUUUGAUUAGUUGAAGACAAAUCAAAUAGGUGUUUCAAUAUAAAGUUGUUAUAAUCCAAAGUUUAAAAGUACAGGAGUAGAUGAGACAAAGGAUGCAUUUUAAGAUCUAUUAGAUGAAAUAAAACAAACAAUAAAUAGAAAGUAUUGAUUCUAAUAAAUAAUUCUUAGAUUUCCAUUCAUUAAAGUGUUUCAUCAAUAAAUAAAUCAUCCUGACCAUUAUUUAUAGAUUUAAUUAUUUUAACUAGAUGUUCAUUAAGUUGUGUUAUAUUCUCGUUAAUAUUCAAAAGAAUAAAUCACUCCUAAAUUAGUUGGAGAUUUGGUAUGGUUACAUUUAAAGAAAUUCAAUUUAACAGUUAACAUUGAUUGUCCUAUUAAAAAUGUUAUACCAGUUUGCGAAGAAGGAAUCCAGAAAAGUAUUUUAGAUGGACUUUAAGUUACUGUCCGUUAGAAAGAAACAUAAACUUUAUAAUCUGCAUAAACUCCAACAAAAUAAAUUAUAAUUAGAACUUCUAUUUGUUAAUAAACUGGAAGUGCUUAGAAAAGUGCAUCUAAAUUAGAUAUUUAUAAAAGUACAGAAAAUAUUAGAGAUAUGGAAAAAUCAGUAAGAGUUUAUUUUUCACCUACAAAAUCUUAAGCUUGGAUGACUUAAACUAAUAUAUCAUAAAUUGAUCUAUCUGGUUAAAAAUAUAAACCUUAAUCACCAGAAAAAAAAUUCACAGUUAAAUUAUUUUCUUAAACUGUUCCAAUUACUUGUUUUGAGGAAGCUAAAUUUAUUGAUUUAGUUUAAUCAAUUAAUUCAUAUGAAAUUGAAAUUAGUGGAAAUUGUAUAUAAACUACUAAAUCAUAACUAAAUGUUGAUGAAUUACUCGAUGAUAAUACAGAUACUGUAUAUGUAUCUACUAGAGUGGAAAGAACAGACUUAAUUAAAUGUAUUGUUAAAACUUCUGAAGAUGCUACAGUUAAUGUUACUAAAAACAUUACUGAAACCAUAACCUAUGAUAAUAAUGAAUAAGCAUUUAUUUUUUAUGGAAGAGAUAAAUAAGAAUAUAUUAUUGAUGUUUCAAAAAAAGAUUGUUUUUCAUAAAAGAAAACUGUCUUUUUGUAAGGAAAUACAGAUGUGAAAAUUGAAUUUGAUUUAGUAAGUUGUGUAGAAACUACUCUUUAAUUUAGAGUCUAUAAUAUUCUUUUAAGAAGUGGAUAACAUAAAGAUAUUGAAAAUUGUAGAUUAGAAGUAUUUUAAUCAGAUUAAGCUGAUCAAGAACCUAUUAUUGGAAUAACAAAUGAAUAAGGUUUAUUUAAUUGUCCUGGGCUUAUGUUUAAAUAAGUUAGAGUACAUGCUUAACGAAAAGGAUUUUUAUAAGUUUCUUAUGAUUUUGAUGUACUAGCUAAUUCAACUGGAUAAUUACUUAGCAUUCCAAUGAUACCAGAUUAUUAUAGUUUAAUCAAUUAGUACCAUAUUUUAAUUUAUGUUCCAAAUAAAAAUAAUUUUUAACUUGAUUACUCAAUGAUUUGUCCAGGUAUAUAAUAAUUUUUAUAAUUUUAGAUGGAGUGAAAAUAGAUUCUAAAAAUAGAUCACAUAAUGUAAUGAAAUCAAAAUUAGAAAUUAAUAGAAUAAAUCAAUAAACUAUGUUAUGGAAUUUUUCUGUUCAUGUAUAAUCAUUAGAUCCAUUUUUAUCUGAUAAUUGUUACUAAUUUUUUAUUAAUAACUAAAAACCUAAGCGAACUUUAUUAUGUUAAGAACCUUUAUCACCAUAAUGUAAAGAAAAUAAUGGUAAUACUUCAAGUAAGGUUUCAUGUUUUAAGACUGUAAAUUUAAAUGAAAUGUUCUUAAAAACAAGAGUAAUGUAAAGUGAAAUAAAAACAUUUGUAAGAUAAGAAAGUGAUGUAAUUGCAUAAAAGAUUAAUAAUUUUUGUGCUGAAGAAUCUGUUAGAAUAUUUGUAACAUUUGGACAUAAGAUUUUAGAAACAUUUAUGAUAUAAACAAAUUUACUUAUGUAAAAUGAAAAAUGUUUUGGAGUAAUUGAUUGUAAUAAUUAAUAAAUUAAUUAAUUUAGUGGAUAAGAGAUUAUUUGUAAGAGAUAAUGAUAAUACCUAAUAAAAUAUAAAGAGGAAUCUAUCUAAAAUGCCAACAUUUAAAAAAGAUAUGAAAAUAGGAAAUGAAGAUCGUACUAUGACAACUAUCUUAUCCCAUAUAACAAAUUAAAAGUUCUAAGAGUGAC